AGCACAUCACGAACCAGUCAGAAUCGUGAAGGUUUAUUUCUGUAGCUUGAAGACUUCUGCUCUUUUUUGUUUGUUGUAUUUUUUUUUUUCGUAAACAUCUGGGUAUAUGUCCAACGGCAAGAUGUCCAGUAAUGUCCCGGCGGAUAUGAUAAAUUUGCGCCUCAUUUUGGUAAGCGGAAAAACAAAAGAGUUCCUGUUUUCUCCUAACGAUUCUGCUUCUGACAUUGCAAAGCAUGUAUAUGACAAUUGGCCAAUGGACUGGGAAGAAGAGCAGGUCAGCAGUCCAAAUAUUCUUCGACUUAUUUAUCAAGGACGAUUUCUACAUGGAAAUGUCACUUUAGGAGCAUUAAAACUUCCUUUUGGCAAAACUACAGUGAUGCAUUUGGUGGCCAGAGAGACAUUGCCAGAGCCAAACUCUCAAGGUCAGAGGAAUCGUGAAAAGACUGGAGAGAGUAAUUGUUGUGUAAUCCUGUAAACACUGUCUGCCUAGUGUGAUGUGAUAUAGUCUUUGUCUUUCAUGCUGCUGGGACAGAAAAGACCCAACAUUGCUUCAGAAACUGUUCAGAACAGUCUGCCUGUAAAUCCAUGGAACUGAAUUACCACAUGAACACUGUCAUCUUUUCCCAUGAAAGUAAAAAGAACCCAAGAACAUUUUUCACUAUGAUUUUUUAUUUCUUAUAUUUUUAUGUUUAGCCAUUUUAAAACAUGUUGGUUUUUGAAUGCAGUCAGUCUCCAGGGGAAAAACUAACAAGUUAUCUUUCGUAGCAGAAACCAUUUUGCUGCCACAAAAUUUUCAUCAUCAGAACUAAUAAUUCAAGUGUUCCAAAUACAAUUUGCACUAAAAAAGAUUGACAUUAUUUUCCUCAUCAGCAGAAUUUAUAACAGUUUAUGGUACCUAGAAAUACUUAUAUAUAUAUAAUUCCACACUAGAAGACACUCAGCAAUUAAUGAAGUUAAUUACUGGGCAAACUUGAGAGGAAAAAAUGGAAAAGAAACUAAAAUGUUGGGUGAAUUCUACCAAAGUCAGCUGUGGUGGCUGCACCGGCACAGAAUACUAAACUGAGUGUGACUAUUUUCACUGCAACAAAUGAAAAAAUGUGCCUGUUUAAAGCACUCAGUAGAGGGCUGAUUUUUUCCUUUAAGACAUGCACUCUUGAAUCCUACAGCAACUGAGUGCUUGUUUAGACAGCACAAGAAGAGGUGAGAGUGCGACUCCUAGCCUUAAUGUGGGAGGGCGGUUCCAGUCACUCAUCGGCUUUCGUUAUUGUGCAGAAAUAUUAGAAAACCUCAUUGAUUAAUUUUAUGUAUUUGAAUAUCAGCGAAUUGAAAUUUUCCAUAAUUAUUGUUAAUUUGUAACCACAUCCAGUGUCAUGCUUACUCCUUAGAGAGUUCAGAUGAAUUCUUAAAAUUAAAAAAAAAUCUCCAUAGUUCUAAUUUUGUUUCUUUAUGUAGUUUGCAUUUGAUAUUAGUGCUUGCAAUUGUAUUAAAAUCAAAAGCUGAUUUUUAUGGCAUACAGAAAUAGGAAUGCCACUUUUUCUUUUACUUUGUACCAAUAAUUUAAAGAUUGAUAUGCUAAAAACAAUUUGCACAGCACUGAAGCAUGAGCUAGUUUCAUCUAAAUCUGUAAAAAUAUGAAAGAUUUUAUAUUUUUUCACUGGGAAGAAAUUCUUCCUGGAUGAAAUUACAAAUACGUGUAGAAUAUAUUUAAUAAAAGACUUAUAAAAUACCUAACUAUAGGACUUAAAUAUAGAUUGGCGUGUAGUAUAUAGAACAAUAUUCCAUAUAAAUAACUUUAGCCUCUAUAAAAAUGAAGUUGCAGACUGACAUUACAUUCUGUACUAAGUGUCAACAGCCCUUACAAACAUUAAAUGUAAAUGGUUUCAAAUGGUCAGCAUUGUUUAAAUGUAAUCAGGUUGUUUUAUUCAUUGUUAAUGCUUUGAUGAAAAGGCUUUAUAUGCAGUAGGUCCACAGAAAUAUUGUUCAUACAGAUCAAAAUUAAAUUUGUAUAGAGCAGAGUUUUAAAACAAAUGUAAAUAGCACUAAACAUUUUCUUUCAGCAACCUGUACUUACAGAUUCUUCCUGUAAACUAAAUAAAAACAAAAAAUCAUAUUGUAUUUUGGUGGUAAUUUUAAAGGUCUUGAUUAGGUAAAUAAUUGUUUAAGCACUGUCUCGUUCUUUUAUUUCUUAAGCUUUUAAAAUUCAUUUAAUUAAUAUUCUGUUUUUGGUUUGGGGGGUAUUCCCAAUGUAUCUUUGAUAUUUAACCUGGUUAAUUUGUACACAGUCACAACAAUGGAUAGAAUUUUGUAGUCUCUGUUAAUCACUAAAAUGUUAUAUUCAAGAGAUGUUAAAUAUUUAUAUGCUUUGUUGACUAGCUGAAAUGUGAAUUCUGUUAGUGUUGACUAAAGAAUCUGGUAGUUGCUUAAUUGGGCAAUUAAACAAUUUAUGGCUCUAUUCUUUUGUAAAACCAACUAGUAAUUUUAAUACCUAUUUUCAUUCUAAUUACUUUUUUUAAGUUAAAGACUAUCAGUUAAUUAAGAUUUUGUUUUUAUGAUGGUUAAAAAUAAUUCUCUCAAUUUUUCAAUAUAUUUUUCUGUGUUCUCUCAGAUUAUAUAUUUCCCUCAAUUUAGAGUUUUUGAUGUGGGAUAAACUGUUUCACUAGUAGAGAAAGAAUUGUGUCGCUUAAUACCUAAUAUCAUAGUUGUACAACAUGAAAAAAGAAUAAAAGUAGCAGUAAAAUUAUAUACUGAAAACACCAAAAAUUUAGAUGCCUUAAUAGUAUAUAUGUGAAAAUACUCAGCUGUCCCUUUCAAAAUAAUUCCUUGGACUGCCUGAUGGUUAGAAUAUGAUUACUCAUAUCCAUGGCUACUUUUGAAUAUCCCUCUGCCAAAAAUACAGCUCACUUAUCUAAAGGUGAGAGCUGCACAGAUCCAGUAAUGUACAUAAAGCCUGAAGGAUGAGCCUGUGCCCCUGCCUGACGCUGGUGUCUCACUCAUCUCUUACCUAAAUUGUCCUAAAUGUUGUCAGGUGUUCUGCACAAGGCAAAGCUUUUCUUUAUUAAAACCUCAGCAUGUCUCCCUGAUCUGAACUAUUUGCCUUCUUUUCAAGAUAAAUUGUAUUUUACCAUGAAAAAUACAGUAUCUAACAUUACCAUUCACAUUAAAUGAAGUUUCCUCGUAACAUUUAUCUUAAGUUUUAUGAAUUCAUCUUGACCAAUGUUACUUAGCUGAUUGUGGUAAACAAUGUUUAAUGUGCAAAGAAAUUAAAACUUUCUUCAUCUGUUGUAGAAUAUUUCUCUUCUUUAAAACAACUUCUAUUCC